CCAGGUCUCCCUGCGCUGACGAGUGGCUGGAAAACAGCCACCUGGUCCCGCUGCCUUAUCGGCCGUGCUGGGCAGCCAGUAGCGGAGGGCCACGAGCCCCAGGGGACCGGCACCUCCCGCCCCAGGGCUCUUAUCUGCGUCCUGCCCCCUGGACAACGUCUUCUGCACCGGCACCAUGCGGGGCUGCAGGUCCAGGCUGGUUUGGCUGCUGGUGCUGUCGCUGGCCUGGCUGGGCCUGGCGCUGGGGGACGAGGAGAAGGAUGAGGAGGUGGUGGCAGAGGAGGAAGGGGAGAAGGAAGAGGAUGAAGUGCUCUCAGAUGAGAUCAAGGAGGAGGACAAUGUCCUGGUGCUCCAUGAGCACAACUUUGCCCGUGCCUUGAGCGAGCACCAGCUGCUGCUGGUGGAGUUCUAUGCACCGUGGUGUGGGCACUGCCAGCAGUUGGCCCCUGCCUACACCCAGGCGGCCACCGAGCUGAGGAACGAGUCCAGUCCAGCACGGCUGGGCAAGGUGGAUGCCACAACACAGACAGCCCUGGCCAACGAGUUCAACAUCACCUCCUACCCCACGCUCAAGCUCUUCCGCAAUGGCAACCGCACCCACCCCCUCCCCUACACCGGACUCAUGGACACGCGGGGCAUUGUGCGCUGGAUGCAGCGCCGGGCCGGCCCCAGUGCCACGCUGCUGCACGACACCGACACCGCCAACGCCUUCGCCAGCUCCCAGGACUUGGUGGUCAUUGGCUUCUUCAAGGACCUGAAGGGCCAGGCAGCCCAGGCGUUCUACGAUGUGGCUGCUGAGAUGGUGGACAUGCCCUUUGGUGUGGCGGAGGCAGCCGAGCUCUUCCAGGCCUAUGGGCUGUCGGCCGACACCGUCUGUCUCUUCAAGAAGUUUGAUGAGAGACAGACAAACUUCCCCGUGGACCCAGCGCAGGGGCUGGACACAGAUGAGCUCACGCGGCUGCUCCGCGUCCACAGCCUGAGGCUGGUGACGGAGUUCAACAGUGAGACAUCCAACCAGAUCUUCGGUGCCAAGAUCCCCCAUCACAUGCUGCUCUUCCUCAACAAGUCAUCAUCGGAGCAGCUGUCCCUGCAGGACGGCUUCAAGGCAGCCGCCAGCACCUUCCGGGGCGAGGUGCUCUUCGUGGUGGUGGAUGUGAACGGGUACGGCGCCGACGUCCUGUCCUUCUUCGGCAUGACCCCCGCCGACGCCCCCACCCUGCGCCUCGUCAAGAUGGAGAACAACCGCAAGUACCAGAUGGAGCAGGACUCCUUCUCGGACACGGCCAUCCGCACCUUCAUCCAGGCGGUGCUGGAUGGCAAGGUGAAGCCCCACCUGCUGAGCGCGGAGCCCCCCGAGGACUGGGACACAUGGCCCGUCAAAGUCCUGGUGGGGAAGACCUUCGAGCAGGUGGCGUUCGAUGAGACCAAGAACGUCUUUGUCAAGUUCUACGCUCCGUGGUGCUCCCACUGCCAGGCCAUGGCACCCGCCUGGGAGGAGCUGGGCGAGCGCUACAAGGACCACGAGGACAUUGUCAUUGCUGAGAUGGAUGCCACGGCCAACGAGCUGGAGAACAUCACCAUCCACGGCUUCCCCACCCUGCACUACUUCCCCGCAGGGCCGGGCAGGAAGAUGGUUGAGUACAAGAGCACCCGAGAUGUGGAAACUUUCUCCAAGUUCCUGGAAAAUGGGGGGGUGCUGCCCGUGGAGCCUCCUGUGGUGACCAAGACCCCUGGGAACAGCACAGGCAAGGAGGAUCCAAGUGUGCUGGGGACAGAUGAAACCCGGGAUGAGCUGUGAGCCCUGUCCUGCUCAGGCACGUGAUAUAAACCACCUGGAAACCAUGUGGGCUCUGGUCUGUUUGCGGCUCCAUGUCUCGGGGAGCAUCCCCGUGUCUUGGGGGCACAGCAGAGCUGACAAUGGGCAGGGCCCCCACUACUGCUUGGCCCUGGGCCCCCCAGGAGGGGGUGCUGCCAGGGGCCCUCUGCCUCCCUGGGGCAGCUGUGCCAUAACACUCAUCCUGGCAGCCCCACGGUGACACAGGCUGGCCAAGGACAGGGCUGUGGGGGCAGCCCAGCACUCUCCAUGCUGGCCCUCGUGCUGGGCUGCUGGGGUUCAGGUGAUGGGGGACCAGCCAGGGUCUCUCCUUCAUGGCCCACCAGCCCCAGGAGCUGCUGUCACAUGCUCCCCUCAAGUCUGGCUCAGCUUCUGGGACCCCCAGCAUCCCCUCCAAAUGCCAGCACCAUCCCCUCUCCCCUGGGCUAUUCCUCCAGGGGCAACAUGUUGGUCCCCUGGGGCCAGGACCCGCCCAGCCACCCUUCCAGGAAGCCCAGAGCAGCCCCAGCCCCACCAUGUGCCCAGACCCUUUGCCAGACCUGUGCCAUCCUCUGUCCAUCCCAGAGGCUGCCGGGGGCCCGGGAAUAGCUCCGCGGGGAAGGAAGAAAGCA